AAUAGCAACGAACGGUGUUGUACCUGAUGGUGGACCUUAUUAUAUGAUUUCUCGUAAUCUUGGACCAGAACUUGGUGGUGCUGUUGGUAUACUGUUUUAUUUAGGUACCACAGUUGCUGCUUCAAUGUAUGUCACUGGUGCUGUUGAAAUACUCAUUCUCUACCUUAUACCUGGAGCAAAAAUUUUUGAUAAUAUUUACAAUUGCUUUCGUCUUUUGGGUACCGGUUUAUUGCUUAUUCUAGGGUUAAUAGUGCUUGCUGGAGUAAAGGUAGUUAACAAAUUCGCUUUACCAGUUGUACUUGUCGUCUUAACAUGUAUACUUUGCACAUUCAUUGGAGCAUUUUUAAAAUAUCACGGAUCAAAUGAUCUUAAGUUUUGCAUGGUAGGUGAUCGUCCGGUUGAUUUAGUUUCAUUUUUUGAGCAAUAUAAAUAUGUUCCUAAUUGCACAGCUAAUGGAUUGGAACCACUUUUCUGUAAAAUGAAAAAUGAUUCAAUAUCCUGUGAUGCAUAUUACAAGCGUAUGGUAAAAAUACAAAAUUGGAAGAAAAAUGGACGACCAGCAAUUCGAGAAGAGAUAGCUAUACCAGGCAUUGCAAGCGGUGUAUUUUUUGAUAAUUUAUGGAGCAAAUAUUUGCAACCGCGUGAUAUACUUACAAAGGAGAAAUUUGCACAUGAAAAAUCCGAUCAAAAUAAUGAUGAAGGAUUUUAUAUUUAUAUUAAUCAAGCAACUUCAUUUAUGAUAUUAAUUGGUGUUUUCUUUCCAUCCGCAACAGGAAUAAUGGCCGGUUCAAAUCGUUCCGGGAAUUUAAAAGAUGCAUCACGUUCAAUACCGCUUGGUACUCUUGGUGCACAAAUUACUACUACAAUUGUUUACCUAAGUGGUGUCAUUCUAUUUGGCGCAUCUGUUUCGGAAAUGUUUAUCCGUGAUAAAUUUGGUCAAUCGGCGAUGAGCAAAUUAGCAAUUGCCGAGCUUGCUGUACCUCAUCCAACAGUUAUCCUUGUUGGAUGUUUUUUAUCGACAGUUGGUGCAGGUAUGCAAUCAUUAACCGGUGCACCACGACUUUUGCAAGCAAUUGCUACUGACGAUGUGAUACCAUUCCUUUCACGAUUUCAACGAAUGGAUUCGAGAGGUGAACCGAUCCUUGCAAUCUUACUAACUUUAUUUAUCUGUGAAUGUGGCAUAUUGAUUGCAGUUAUUGAGAAUAUCACUGCUCUUAUCACUCAGUUUUUUCUGAUGUGCUAUUUGGGCGUUAAUACAGCAUGUGCCUUACAAAGUAUUCUUCGUGCUCCUGGAUGGCGUCCACUAUUUCGUUACUUUCAUUGGUCAUUAUCAUUGCUUGGUUCAAUUUUAUGUAUCGCUGUAAUGUUUAUUUCAGCCUGGCAUUAUGCUCUUGUUGCAAUUAUUAUUGGAGUUGCUGUUUAUAAAUAUAUCGAAUAUGCCGGUGCGGAAAAAGAAUGGGGUGACGGAUUACGUGGUUUGAAACUUUCGGCAGCACGUUUUGCACUUCUUAAUGUAGAAAAUCGUCCACAACAUACAAAGAAUUGGCGUCCUCAAUUACUUGUCAUUGCGCCAGACUCGAAAGAAAGCGAAAAUGGAUUAUUUGCAUUUGUGUCGCAGCUAAAAGCUGGCAAAGGUCUUAUUUUAAUUGCAAAAUGCAUUGAGGGUAAUUUUAUUAAACAUGCAGAUGCGGUUGAAACUGCUCGAAAUGUAAGUUGUAAUUUAAUGAAAUUUACAUAA